AUGGAAGGCAAAAGAACAGAAAACAUCGGUAAAGAACUGGUGACAAUAAAACCCGCUGAGAUAGCGAACAAGUCAAAGCCAGACUCGAACACAGGAGCCCAAAUUACUAUAACGCAAUUUUUGGAUUUUUUAAAAACUGCUUAUCAGGUACAAAAUUCGGUCGAGGGAAUUUUAAUGGAAGGUGGAAUGAGUGAAGCGAUAACUUGGCUUAAAUCGAAAGAAACAGAUAUUGCGAUGAAAGGAAAAAGUUUAUCCAUUCAAACGUCUGAUAGUUUAUUGCAAAAAGGUAGUGGAGAUGAAAAAAAAGAUUCAUUGAUACAUAAGAGGAAAAAUUCAACCAACAGUCUCUCUUAUCAUGAUCCUGAGAUUUUAAAGCGAAAACUCAGCGAAGUUUUAUCAGAGGGUCUUCUAGAUUCCGUUCUUCCUUAUUUGAUGCAAAACACUCCCACAAUGAAAAAAUGUUCUUCAUGUAACAUUAUUAAAAAUCCUGACAAAAACAGUUCUCAUUCUUCCGUAUCGACUGUAUCCAAUGAUCGUUUAAUACGCAGAAAAUCUAGCGGGGACGCUUCAACAUUAAGCAAGAACUCCAUAACAUUAACAGAUUCUGAAGUUGAAAUCCAUGUUUGUGACGAGGUAAAAGGCAUGAAGAAAACGUUCGUUUGCAAUCAGAAGCUUCUUGUUGAAAAAAUGGGAUAUUUCGCUGAAGUUACUCUUGGUCAAAGAUUGGAAGAUAUGGACAUAUCCGUUCAUUGCGACAUUGGAAUUUUCGAAUGGUUGAUGCAAUGGGUGAAAAAAGAUUCCUUAUUCGAGGCCGAUUGGCCUCAACUGGAUUCCCAGUGUGUUAUACCGAUUUUAGUAUCAGCCGCCUUUUUGCAGAUGGAACCUUUGCUGCAAGAUUGUUUAUUAUUUUGCCAUGAGCAUAUGAAUGAAAUUUUGCGGAGCGCUACUAAUUUGAGUUGUUUAAAUGAUUCAGUUUUGACCAGACUUGCAGCGAUGUAUACGAACACAGAAGUUGAAUCCAUCAAAGAUAGGAAGGAUAAAAUUCAAUCGAGAUUGUUUUCUAAACUGAUUCAGUCCCUGGCUGAAUUAGAGCCGGAAAGUGUUAGAGGACAUUGGUGCUCUUUAGCCAGAAUUUUUCGAUGUGAUAAGUGUCAACAACUAAUAACACCUAAUGUGGCUGCUAAAAUCCCUUGCAUGCCUUCUUGUAUGAGGCUCCAGCCUGAUGGUUCAAUCGUAAGCUUGCAUAUCAGAGAUUCUACCUGGAGUAUAAACGAUUAUAUUGUGAAACUUCAAAAAACCCUCAAGACAUGGCGCAAAGUUUAUUGGAAGCUCUGGGGUGAUGCUCAUUUUUUGUAUUGUGCAACUUGCAAAAGAUAUUUUCCCGCCAAUCAAAUUGGAUGGUGCAGAUAUCAUCCAGAUACACCUCAGUUUUUCACUUUAGAUGCUCAAAAGGCUCCACUUCCGAUUGGCAGGUAUCCUUGUUGCGGAGAACGAGCCUAUAGAUUCCAGUUGCUGGAAAAUUAUUCAACCUGUCAAUUCAGACAUCACUCGGUAACUUUGGACGAUGUCAGACAAUCGGCUAUCUAUACAAUGUUGGAAAGUUACAGACAUUUGAUAGAAGAAGAGCCGCCUCAACUUCUUUUUCCCGAAAGGCUCACCCGUCUAGUUGCUAGAGACUCCAACGUAAAUUCUGAAAAAUUCGUUUGCAAGGAAACUUUUUGGUGGGACGGAUUCGAAAUUAUCCCUCCUCGGCCUAGAAUGGGAUUGUUGAGCUUGUUUGGUAAUCGAAAUAGCGCAGGCGACUCGGAAUCUUUGGCUUCGGACGAAAGUACCACUGAAGAGUUAACUGAGGAAGAAACCGUUUCUUCUACGUCUCUUGGUAGUGACGAGGGAAGUGCAGAGAGCAACCCACCACCAAAAAAAAUUGUUAUACGGAAAUCCAAGAAGCAAAACGAAGGAAAGUUAUUGUGGCAGCAUAAUUUGUCUGCCAGAAGCAAUCAGGAUAUUCAAAGAGCUUACGAAGAGAACGUAUUAAAAGAAAUGGCAAUGAUUUUAAAUAGAAAGAUUGUUAAUGACACAAUAGCUAGAAAUCCGAGAAAUGUUGGAAGAAACCUUACAGCAAUAGGUGGUCUCUGGACAAGAUUAGAAACUGACUGGCGCGAAUCUUUGAGUCAAAGAGACGCUCAACUAAAAUCGAAAAAUGUUUUGGCAAAACAACCAAAUAAACCGCGCUCGAGAUUUUAA